CUCCAGCCGUCGCUACGUCACUUCCCGGUUAAACGUGGCCGCAAGGAGUGGCAUCGAAGCCAGCUAGCGUCGCGAGCUGUCAAGCUGUCGGCCCCGAGUAGAGCCCGAGAGAGCUAGCGGAGACUGGUCGAAUCAGCCGGCGCAGCUGAUCGCCUUAAAUGACUCGACGGGCCGGCCAUCGAGCGUGUUGAGCCUUCCGUUUCUGCCUGCCGUCGUUGUUUGUCGGGGGAAAAACUUUUUUCCCACCUCAGUACCCUGCCGAAGUACAGUUCCGUUUUUCAGGGCGAGCGAGAGACGCAAAACAUGUCGUCCUCGGGCGAUUUCGGCAAUCCGUUGCGGAAGUUCAAGCUCGUCUUUCUGGGCGAGCAGAGCGUCGGAAAGACAUCACUUAUUACACGGUUUAUGUACGACAGCUUUGACAACACAUACCAGGCUACGAUAGGUAUAGAUUUCUUAAGCAAAACUAUGUAUCUCGAGGACAGAACUGUCAGAUUACAGCUGUGGGACACAGCGGGCCAGGAACGGUUCCGCUCUUUGAUACCCAGCUACAUCAGGGAUUCCACGGUCGCUGUCGUUGUUUACGAUAUUACUAACGCCAAUUCGUUUCACCAAACAUCCAAGUGGAUAGACGAUGUGCGGACUGAAAGAGGAAGUGAUGUGAUAAUUAUGCUAGUGGGCAAUAAAACAGAUUUGAGUGAUAAGAGGCAAGUCUCGACGGAAGAGGGCGAGCGGAAAGCGAAGGAGUUAAAUGUGAUGUUUAUCGAAACUAGUGCUAAGGCCGGCUACAACGUGAAGCAGCUAUUUAGAAGAGUCGCGGCGGCUCUGCCGGGAAUGGACUCCACCGAAAACAAGCCACCCGAGGACACUGUCGACUUGCAGAAUCAGUCGCCGAUGCAGAACGGGUCCGAGUCGGAGGGCGAGAGUGGUUGCAUCUGCUAGGGAGCUUCGUCGAACUGUACCCCGGAAGAGAGAAGAGAGCCGGAAAAAUUGGUUGCAGUCAAUCUCCCGGCACGAGAUCAUCAAGCCAUUGGGAGACGCUGCUGUUGGCUUCUUCUGAUGUCGUUUAAGGGAACAGAGAGAGAGAAAGAGAGAGCCCCCCUUCGGCUCUAAGUAUCGUUUCAAGUGCUACUAGACAAACUCGAGCGAUAUUUAAUAAUAACUAGCUAACUUACGUUUGGCUUCGUGCGAGAGGAAGGAGAUCGCAUCCUUCGUCAGGGUAUUUCUAUAUUUUUAAGCUUGAAACGGUGAUAGCUGAUGCGAGAUCCACGUAAAGUCCUUUGCUUCCUUCAAUCCUUCUGUCAGUGCAUAUUUUGUUCACUUUGCAAUGUAUGAUUUUUUUGCGUUAUACAGGGUGUAACUAAACGAACAAAUACGAAGCAC